AUGUCAUCUACGAUAGAAAAAUCAACAGAACACCAACAGCAACAACUACUCUCUAAUAAUUUACAUUCUACUAAUGAAACUGUAAAUACACAAUAUUCUGACGAUGAUAGCUAUCAUCAUCGUCGACAUUAUCCACAACAACAACAGCAGCUGCAGCAAUCCUCACCAGUUCAACACCCACAACACCCCUAUGCACAACAACACCAUCAACAACCUUAUCCAUUCAAUGAAAAAUCUAAUUACAAGCCGACACUGGAACAAAAAUCUCACAAUUCACUCUUAUCCAACUCAACGGAUGCUAAUCAAUUGCACAUGCCGUCGAAUUCAAAUCAAAAUUAUAUGAUGAAAAUGAAAGAUGAAUCGUUCCAUUCAUAUAAAACUACUACUAAUAACACUAAUACUACUCAUAAUAUGCCUGGAUCAAAUCAUCUACCACCGAAUCAUGAACAAAAUUCAUUUGUACAAAAUAAUAAUCAACUUGUUGAUUCUAUGCAUCGGAUGAAUUUAACAAAUACACCAUUGAUUCAACAAAAACAAUCAUUUAAUCAUGAAUCAUUCAGUCAACAAUCCGUUUCAUCAGCAUCAACACCACGGGGAUAUUCACAUCAACAGCAGCAUCAACAGCAGCAACAACAACCUCAAUAA